GGGUUCUCCUUCUUUCACUUUCGUAUCAACUUCUUACAGUGAAGAAUGUCACACAAGAAGGAUAAGGAUAAUUUCGAAGUUUUAGAAGUUGUUAGCUCCAGAGGCAAUAGCUGGGUUCGAGGUGUAAUCAGAGAUGUUACCAGUAGAUCGACAGCUCAACAGGUUGCUAUAGGAGGGGCGUCGGGAUGGGUGGCGGGAUAUUUGUGUGUGAAAGUUGGGAAGUUAGCUGCCAUCACACUAGGAACUUCAGUCUUAGUUUUACAGAUAGCACAGCAUCAAGGAUAUGUAAAAAUAGACUGGAGUUUACUAGAGAAAGAUGUGGACAAAGCUAAGAGGGUUAUAGAGAGGCAGACCAGGCAACAGUACCAGGGACUGGUGGAAAAUCUAAAGACAUUCUUCAAGAACAACGUAUACUUAGCGGGAAGUUUUGCCGGUGGAUUUCUUAUCGGAGCCACUUUCUGAUCCUCUGAUUCAUCUGUUACUGGACUUAAUUGAUUUGGAAUAUUUUUCAUUAGAGUUACAUUCUAAUGAUUUAUAAAAUUGAAAAACUGAACAUUACACAAACUGGAAUGAGUAUUUUCUUCAUUUGUAUAAAUGUGGUUGUUUUUAUAUAACAUAUUUAAAAUAUUAAAUAAUUUUUACAUCAUUUUUUCUUUGAAAGAAUUUUGAUUUUUCAUAAAAAUGAUACCUGCAUCAUGGCAAAUUGUAUUUAAUUUAGAUUUUUAUAUACAUGUAAUAAUCAUGAAUGAAAAUCAACAUGAUUAGAAUGCUUAAAGAUUUUUUUUUAAUGUACAGAUUGUAUACUUUAUAUAUCUUCAACUAAAAUGAGCUUGGUACAUAGGUUCAGGAAAAUAUAAAGAGAUUUGACCAAAUUAAUGUUAGCAAGUAUCAAAAUAUCAUUAAUAUACACUGUACUUAGCUUCUCUUUGAGAGAUUAAUCACUGCUUUGAUUACCUGUGUGUUAAAAUGAAAGUGUUCUGGCAAUACUUAAAAUUAAAACUUAUUAUAAGGACCAUCUAGAGAUUUUUAUGCAUUCAAUGUAUUUGCUGUGACAAUAGCUUGUGAGGAAAAAAGUAUGAAAACAAAUAAAAUACUUCACAAUUUGUU